AUGCCUCUGCUAUUCUCUCACUCAUUGCCUGUAUCUUCUCAGUCUCUCCCUUACCCCUUGCAAUGUAAUAGAAAAUUAGCCAUUAUCUCAUGCCUCUGUUAUUCUCUCACCAUUGCCUGUAUCUUCUCAUUCUCUCCCACACCCCUUCCAAUUCAUUUGCCUGUAUCUUCUCAUUCUCUCCCUUACCCCUUGCAAUGUAAAGAAAUCAUAUCCAUUAUCUCAUGCCUCUGCUAUUCUCUCACAUUUUGCCUGUAUCUUCUCAUUCUCUCCCUUUUUCCUUUCAAUGUAAUAGAAAUCAUCCAUUAUCUUAUGCCUGUGUUUCUCACACCAUUUGCCUGUAUCUUCUCAUUUCUCUCCCUUAUUCCUUGCAAUAAAAUUAUUAAAUAUAUCAUUAUCUAUGUGCCUCUGUAUUCUCUCACACAUUUCCUGUAUCUUCUCAUUCUCUCCCUUAACCCUUAUUCCUGUAACUUAGAAAUCAUCCAUUAUCUCAUGCCUCUGCUAUUCUCUCAUUUUUUCCUGUAUCUUCUCAUUCUCUCCCUUAUUCCUUCCAAUGUAAUAGCCAUUAUCCAUUAUCUCAUGCCUCUGCUCUUCUCUCUCAAUAUUUGCCUGUAUCUUCUCAUUCUCUCCCUUAUUCCUUCAAUAAUCCAAGAUUAUCCAUUAUCUCAUGCCUCUUAUUCUCUCUCACAUUUGCCUAUAGAAAUUUCCAUUAUCUCAUGCCUCAGCUCUCUCUCUCAUAUGAUUUCCUGUAUCUUCUCAUUCUCUCCCUUAUUCCUUCAAUGUAAGAUCAAAAAUCAUCCAUUAUCUCAUGCCUCUGUUCUUCUCUCACAUUUCCUGUAUCUUCUCAUUCUCUCCCUUAUUCCUUCCAAUCCAAAUUCAUCCAUUAUCUCAUGCCUCUGUUAUUCUCUCACACAUUUGCCUGUAUCUUCUCAUUCUCUCCCUUAUUCCUUGCAAUGUAAUAAAAUCAUCCAUUAUCUCAUGCCUCUUGUAAAUUCUCUCACACAUUUGCCUGUAUCUUCUCAUUCUCUCCCUUAUUCCUUCAAUGUAAUAAAAAUUAUCCAUUAUCUCAUGCCUCUGCUAUUCUCUCACACAUUUGUCUGUAUCUUCUCAUUCUCUCCCUUAUUCCUUCAAUGUAAUAUUAUCCAUUAUCUUAUGCCUCAGCUUCUCUCUCAUUUUGUUUCCUCUGUUCUCUCACACUUUUUGCCUGUAUCUUCUCAUUCUCUCCCUUACCCCUUCAAUGUAAUAGAAAUCAUCCAUUAUCUCAUGCCUCUGCUAUUCUCUCACACAUUUCCUGUAUCUUCUCAUUCUCUCCCUUAUAUUGCAAUUAAUACAAAAUUAUCCAUUAUCUCAUGCCUCUGCUUUCUCUCACACAUUUCCUGUAUCUUCUCAUUCUCUCCCUUACCCCUUGCAAUUUAUUCUCUCACAAAUUUGCCUGUAUCUUCUCAUUCUCUCCUUAUCCCUUGCAAUGUAAUAAAAUUAUCCAUUAUCUCAUGCCUCUGCUAUUCUCUCACCAAUUGCCUGUAUCUUCUCAUUCUCUCCCUUACCCCUUGCAAUGUAAUAGAAAUCAUCCAUUAUCUCAUGCCUUGUUGCCACUUCUCUCUCACACAUUGCCUGUAUCUUCUCAUUCUCUCCCUUACCCAAUGCAAUGUAAUAGAAAUCAUCCAUUAUCUCAUGCCUCAGCUAUUCUCACACACAUUGCCUGUAUCUUCUCAUUCUCUCCUUAUUCCUUUUAAUCCAAUAGAAAUCAUCCAUUAUCUCAUGCCUCUGCUAUUCUCUCACCACAUUUCCUGUAUCUUCUCAUUCUCUCCCUUACCCCUUGCAAUCUAUUCUCUCACACAUUUCCUGUAUCUUCUCAUUCUCUCCCUUACCCCUUGCAAUGUAAUAGAAAUCAUCCAUUAUCUCAUGCCUCUGCUAUUCUCUCACACAUUUAAAUGUAUCUUCUCAUUCUCUCCUUACCCUUCCAAUGUAAUAAAAAUCAUCCAUUAUCUCAUGCCUCAGCUAUUCUCUCACACAUUGCCUGUAUCUUCUCAUUCUCUCCCCUACGUUCCUUGCAAUGUAAUAGAAAUUCAUCCAUUAUCUCAUGCCUCUGCUAUUCUCUCACACAUUGCCUGUAUCUUCUCAUUCUCUCCCUUAUUUACUUCAAUGUAA